GAUACAGGCUGUGUAGAAACUUUCGCGAAAGUCGAACUGUUAAAUCAACGACAAUGUCUCGAGUUCUGAACGCUAUCGUUGCAAUGUGUCCUGAUCUUGGAAUAGGCAGAGACGGACAUCUCCCCUGGCACCCCAUAAGACUCAAGGAUGAAUUCAAGUAUUUCCAGAAGAUGACGGCCACGGCAUCUGUAGAAGGUAAACAGAAUGUGGUGGUCAUGGGCAGGAAGACAUGGUUUUCCAUCCCAGAAAAAAACAGACCUUUAAUCAAUAGGAUCAACAUCGUCCUCAGUCGACAAAUGAAAGUUCCCCCUGUUGGCGCCCACCAUCUGGCUCCUGAUUUUUGCUCAGCUCUCAAGCUGAUUGACACAGAGCUGUCAGACCAGGCUGAUCAAGUCUGGGUUAUAGGAGGUAGCUCACUCUACAAGAUAUCAGACACCAUAUCCUUGAUAAAACACACUACUUUGGUGGCGCAAAAAUGUUUCACAUCCUUGACAGCUCCAUCACCAACUAUUAAGGUUUGGGGUGCCAUUUUUUUCUUGUAUGAGUUAGUUUGAUAACUUUCAGUGGUGGUGGGGAUGAGCAUUCUUUGCCAGGGUCUUGUAAAAGUGGCUUAAAUCUGUUUGUUAGUCUGAUGUCAAUGUUUUGCGCUGUCUUGCUUCCUCAUUUUGUCUGCCCUUUGCUGAAGCGACCUUCCACGGCCAUUCUCUGUGGGUUGAAGAAGCACUCAAUGCUGGGCAGCCGGAUUCCUCAGUAAUUUGCUGGUGUUCUGUCCUCCCUUUUGGAUGCGGUCCCAUAUUUUGAGGCUUUGAUCCAAGUAAAUUCUGAGAACUGCUGGAUGAUCCAUUACGGUUUCCAUAGUCCGCAUCUGUCCUCUUUGUGGAGCUAACUGGCUGUCUGUUAGCAUGCUCCUGCUCACCAUUUUGAGACAUCAGUAGAGUGGUUUAAUUUCCCGACUGUCCAUUUACCUUCACAUACACUUCAAGGUGGUGAAUUUUCUUUUCCAGGACCGCCAUCUUCUGUAGCAGUUUGUCAUAGUCUUCAUUGGAAAAGGGAGGCAUCUUCCACUUAUUGCUGGUCUUGUUGCUAAUAGCAGGCUUGUGCUAAUUAGCAGGCCAUGCUCACGUAUUGGUGAGGGGGUAUAAAAACAAUAUUGGAAUAUACUAACUACUGACUGUAUCUACAAAAAGUACAGACCCACAUGUUUAAAAAUGCUACGUAAAUGGUAUUUGGCGGAGAUCUUGUUUUUAACUGCUUGUAACUUGUUUUUAUCAAGUGGCUGUUUUAAUGAAAGUGUAAAAACAAUCCCAACUACUCUGCUAAAUAGAGGACUGACAUCCAUCUUAAUAACUGACAUGCUGACGCCAAUGUGCACAUGCAUACCCCAAUUGGAAUAAACACACAUGAAGGAUUUGCUUUGAGUGGCAACAAUUGACUAUAAACCAGAUUUGAAAACGAUUGAUGACGGCAAGGCGGCACGGUGGACGACUGGUUAGCACAGCUGCCUCACAGUUCUGAGGACCGGGGUUCAAAACCCGCCCCCGCCUGUGUGGACUUUGCAUGUUCUCCCCAUGCCUGCGUGGGGUUUCUCCCGAUACUCCAGUUUCCUCCCACAUCCCAAAAACAUGCAUGGUAGGUUAAUUGAAAUUUCUAAAUUGCCCAUAGGUGUGAAUGUGAGUGCGAAUGGUUGGCAACCAGUUCAGGGUGUACCCCACCUCUUGCCCGAAGAUAGCUGGGAUAGGCUCCAGCACGCCGGUGACCCUAGUGAGGAUAAGCGGUACAGAAAAUGGAUGGAUGGAUGUUGACGGCAAGCAAUGCCAGAAGUCCCACUAAGCAAAAUGCAUGGUAAAAGAAAUAAUGCUAUUGUGAAUUUAUAGUUUUGUUUUUAGACAUGAACUGAACAUUGAACCGAGCGUUUGUUUGUGAGACAGUGCACAAAGUUGUAGCGUUUAUUUGUCAAAUAAGAAUUUAAUUAAUUUAGGAGAAAGUAAUAAGCCGGGAGCGACGGUUGCGUUACUUCCGUUUAUUGUAAUUUUAAAUUGAAUUGUUAAAAUCAAACUAAUGUCUCGGAAAAGGGCACCACGUCACUUUUUACAAGUUUAACUUUAGAUGAAAUGACGACAAACAUUUUUAUUCACUCUCAUACUCUGAAGGUUGCUACACUCUAUGACAUUUUGAGUCCGGGAUUACAGAGGUUUACGUAAACUCAGGACACACGCAAAAUAUGACCAAGAGUGGAAUUUUAUGGUAUAUUUAAUGAAAAACACAGCUACAAGUACAAACUACAAAAAGAAAAUAACAGUAAGGGUAAAAGAGGGAAAACGGGGCGUACGGAAAUGGAAACGAGGACAUCAGGUGUGUGGUCGCUGGGCUAAAAUAAGUGAGCAUAUGAGCGUUUACUGCAUUGAGUCAGAGCGAGAGAAGACAAAGUUGGGAUUUCGUGUGAAGCUAGUAAUUUCCCCAAAAUUAUUAGGCACUGAUGUACAUCAUAGUAAAGAUUGCAGUGUCGACUCACGAACGCAGAUCAGCUGGUCUUCGGGGUGGUCUUACUCCGGACCUCAGGCGGAAAUGAAGCAGGUUUGGUUGAAGAAAAACAAAAUGCACAAAAUAAAAAGAAAUGGGGAAGGAAAGUCGAUGUCCCGUUUGGGGUGCGCUCAUAACUUUCCUGCCGGUGGAACUGGUGGCGGAUCGAGCUCUGGCCCGUAGAGACGUGCGGGGACGGUACGGGAUGCUGGUACUUGCUCGCUGAGGCUCUGCCGACCGAUCACGGCUAGGAAAAGCGUUCGACGCUGCAUUGCCGGCUUCUUUGAUCGCAAACGCUGCUGACUUGGUUGCGGCGGGCGUUCGCGCACGUGUCUUAGUUUUGUGGGAGUCUGUUUUUGUCACUAUCAUGUUAAUGUGUGACAUUUACAGUAAUUCUGGCAGAGCAGAGGUCUCUGCAUGUAAGAGAAAGCAAGAGAGUGAGUGGAAGAGAUGGUGCCAGUUUGUGUGCCCAGGGGCGUCGAACGGGAGGAAAACUGGCAAAAAUUUCCCAUUUCCGCGGCCAUGUGCUUCACGGAGACCUGGCUUUGCGACGCUGUACCCGAUGGCGCCGUCAUGCUUCCCGGCUUCAACAUUCAUCGAGCGGACCGCGACAUGGAAUCAUUGGGAAAAACAAAGGGCGGCGGGAUAUGCCUCCAUAUCAACGAAAAAUGGUGUACGGACGUCACAGUGCUCAGCACACACUGUAGCCCGCAUUUGGAGUCGCUAUUCUUAAACUGUAAACCAUUCUACUCGCCACGUGAGUUUGCAUCGUUCAUACUGGGUGGAGUCUAUAUUGCGCCUCAAGCUAACACGAACGCCGCAUUGCUAACGCUCGCCGAACAAGUAAACGAAAUUGAAAAAAAACACCUGGACUCACCCCUCAUUAUUCUCGGGGACUUUAACAAAGCUAAACUCAACCACGAACUCCCUAAAUACAAGCAGCACAUCGACUGUCCUACCAGGGAAAAUAAUACUUUAGACCACUGCUACACUACGGUAAAAAAACGCAUACCGUGCAGCCCUGGGCUCGUCUGAUCACUGCUUAAUUCACUUAAUACCGACGUACAGGCAAGAACUUAAAUGUGCGAAGCCUACAGUGAAAACAGUCAAAAAGUGGACCAAUGAAGCCAAGAUGGAACUUCAAAGCUGUUUAGACUGCACAGACUGGAGUGUCUUUGAAAAUUCUGCUGGCAGCCUGGGUGAAUAUACGGACACUGUCACAUCCUAUAUCAGUUUCUGUGAAGAGGUUUGUGUACCAACAAAAUCAUUUCGCACAUUCAACAACAACAAGCCGUGGUUCACUGCUAAACUUAAGCAGCUUCGCCAAGCUAAGGAGGACGCAUAUCAGAGCGGGGACAGGGCCCUGUAUAACCGAGCUAGAAACCAGCUGACUAAAGAAAUUAACAUUGCAAAGAGGAUCUAUGCAGCAAAGUUGGAAAAAAAGUUUAGUGCAAACGACUCUAAAUCAGUCUGGCAUGCAUUCCAAUCGCUGACUAAUUAAAAGCGACGAUCCCCCCAACCUGAGAACAAUAGCACACUA